AUGGCACUUAACACAGUUCAUUCCCAGAAUGGAAUGCCAGCUCUGGACAGCCAAGAAAGCAUACUGUUGAAUUAUAAAAACGUCCAGCUGACAUUCCACGAUAUGAAGCCAAUCCCCGAUGUGAUGAAAGGCAAAAUGAAAGGAGAGGUAUUUCUCAUUCAGUCGAGGGUGAUAUUCUUGGCAAAAGAUCAGUCCAAACCACUGAAAUCUUUCUCAAUGCCAUUUCAUCUCAUUGAAGGACUUUCUGUUGAACAGGGCAUCUUCUCUGCCAAUUACAUCAGGGGCAAAAUUAAUGCUCAGUCUGAAGGUGGCUGGGAAGGAAAAGCAACUUUCAAAUUGACAUUCUAUUCUGGAGGAGCGAUUGAGUUUGGAAAAGCAAUGAUCCAAGUAGCCAAUCAUGCAUCAAGAGGUCAAUCACCUUACAGUCCUGUGGUCUAUGUCUACGAAUCAAUUCGUGUGAUACCAUUAAGAAACAGAAACCUUUUUAGCUAUUCUGGUCCAACUGCAGAUGAGAGGAGAAAUUAUGCAUACGUUCCUGGGCCACCACCUCCAGCAGGUGGUUACUAUGUACCAGUUCCUUCAAUGAACAGUCAGUAUGGAUAUCCAUCUCCAAUGUACUAUGGCUCCAUGCAACCCUCUCCUUAUUCUAUUCCAACUGGAACUCCGGCCAUGCCUCCCGUGAAUAUUGGUUUCACACCGCCAGUUUACACUGGAUACACAGAGUCCCCUCCUGUGACCACUGCAGCCGGAACAGCAGGUAGCUCAAAGUUGUUUUUACUUUCCUCAGCUCCUCAAACAUUUACCAAUGAGUCAUCUUCACUGAGCAACCCGGUCCCUGGUACUUCAGCAACACCAAUAUCAAGUAAUUUCAACCCAUCCACUUCUUCAAUGCAAAACUACUACAUUCCUCCAUGGCAUUCAAGCAUCGAGCAGCCCCAACCGGUUUCUCCUGCUGCUGAACCACCAGCAAAGUAUCAACAAAUAAAGGAUUUUCAUUUGUUCAGUUUCAUGACAAAGGAACACAAACAUCAGGGCCUGAGCUUCACAUUCUCAGAUUAUGAUCAAAUGUAA